AACAGAUGAUUAGUUCUAAUCGUAAACAGAAAAUUUUUCAAAUAAUUGCAUUUUCAAACUGUAGAACAUAGUGGUUUAUUUGUUUUUUCAAUCUACGGUUCAAAAGGCCAUAUUAACACUACGCGUUCGGAAGUCCAGCAAGUUUGCAAAUAUGGCGGAUAGAGGUUUACUAAUAAAAUAAAAUACCGUGAGGCCGAAUGACAAAACUUGGCAAACGGUUUACAUUUCGUAAGAAAUUCGAGUUGGGAUUUUCACCAUGUCGCGUCUGCCACCUCACCCGCUGCAGCGCAAAGACAAAAAAUUUCACGCUAGCCCAACUCCACCAGGACUAGCGAAAAAUCAGGCAAAGCUUGAUUAUACAGGGACUAGGACUAGGAAGGCGCAAAUCAAAUCAGGAAGUCCGAAAUGGCCAGGAGAACGUUACGCCACUCAUUCGACAAACUCCUCCGAUGGGACGAUGAACAUCGCGAGCAAAGUGACUGCCAAAGUGGACACUUGGAGGACGAGGCCGAGCCGGGAAGAACUUGAAAAGAGACGUAGGAAGUUGACCUUCGCCCAUAAGAAACAGCCAGGCAAGAACUCCAGCGAGCAGAUAUACCUGAGCAGGUUAAAAACUGAAAAGAUGCUCGAAGAGGUCAAUCUCCUCCUCACAAUGAGCCAAGUCGAUAAAAAUUUGAAAACAUCCAAAAGCUACCUCAGGUCGGUGCAAAGGACCCUGUGCCGAAGCCUCAGGAAGGGGAGCAACGUUAUAAACAUCCCCGAGAUAGACCCGGAGAUUCUGAGCCUCGUCCACGAACCGAUAACAAAACAGUUGAAAGGGACAGGUAUGUUUCAAACAAAAAUAGUACAAUCCAGCACGAUUUACCAGAAUUCUAAUUUUAUAUUGCCUCAAAGUUGUUCAGAAUCUGAUCAUACUCUCAGCACAAAAGAAACAGAAUAUUCAGACGUGAAAAGUUUCACUUCAAGAACCGAACCGAACAAGACGGACGAAAGUGACGAUCAGAUAAUUACAGUUAUAAAUAAUGACAAAGAAAUAACACAAACCUGUAAAAAAGAAGAGGAGGAACACCCCUCGACUGUAAGGUCGUUACUAUCGUUUUGGAACGAAAAAUUCGAAAACAGACCGAUGACUGUAUGCUAUGAUCUGUACACGACCAGUAGGCAGUCCUUGACAGGGAAAGAACAGAGAAAAACCAUAGAACUUAGCAGUGACGGAGUGGCCGAAGAGCACACGCUGAAACCCUCAGAGCUCAAAACUGUAAACAAGGGCGCUUCUAACAUAGUAGACCUUUUGAGAAUAAAUUAUGCAAAACGUCUUCAAAAAUCAGCGUCUCACAACGAUUUUACCAGCUGCGCUUUGAAGAAGACGUGCGAAGAAGAUAAUAAUAUAAUUUCUAAUAACAUGUUCGAUGAGAGGAUGAAACAGAAUCAAAAAAACGUAAGUGCCAUUACAACCAAAGCCAAUAAAACGGCCAACGAUAAUAGAGUAUUUAAAAGAUGCUCUGUACUCCACACAUCAACCGGUAGAAACAAGAAGAAAUCAAAUCAUCUCAACACCAUUCAUAAAACAAAAAAGAAACCUCGUAAAUUGAAAAUGCAGACGAGCAAUCUCCGCCUAGUGGAAGUUUUGAAGAAAGAGUAUUCCAUACCGAUCAGCUAUCCGUAUCUGUACCUCGUCAAAUGUCUUGAGGAUUAUUCUACAGAGAUGAAGCCGGGCGUCUACAGGCCGAUACCGAGGCUGGAAAUUCUAUCUGAACCGAUCGACGCCCCGGAUGCCAACUACGAUUUCGAUCAAAAAUAUUUCAAUUUGAGGGAUUACAGAUCUUUGACGAGGCCGUGCACACCGUCUAGGGACAUUGUCAACGGGGGCGAGUGUAAAAUGAGCCUAGAGAAAAUUUCGAUCAUUACCGGCAUCAAACCAGACAUCUUGAACACCUUGGUGCAAAUAAUAAAAAAGGAAAACCCACCGGAACAACUAUGCACGUUGAACAGGUCUGACUUGGAGAAACUCUACCAAAUAGGAAACGAGUUAGUAAUGAAAGACUCUUCGACAAAAGGAAUCUUUUUUUAUUUCCUCUCCAACAUAGAUACAGUUGUACGUUCUAACAAAGAAUACAUAAAAGUGGCUUAUCUUAAAACUAUGUCGUAUCUGCUAAAGCUGCCUCCUGCCGUUAGAGAGAUAGGGCAGUUCGGGGCGAUGGAAACUCUCUCAGUGGACAGAAUGUAUUUUACCGCGACAGUGAGCUUGGUCAUAUUAGGCUUAUCCAUGUUAGUGGCUUCGUCAAUUUGAAUCCAUCGACAGUUUUUCACUGGAUUUAGCGAACCUCGCCUUCCGACCCAGGGGAUGUUUGCCUUUUCUCGACUUCGGUUUCUUUGACGCAUAGUGAAGAUUUUUCAUGGGAUCUUCGCAGUUGUUUUGCGACAUGUCGAACAUAUACGCCAAGCUGAUAUCGUAUCUGAAACACACCGAACAUCCAAUCUAUAGAAAUGUAAAUUUCAAAUAAAUAUUUAACAUUCAA